AUGCCUCCCUCAAGUACACCAAAACAGCGCAGGAGAACCCCUAAAUCAUGCCUCAAUUGUCGACGACGAAAGUUAAAAUGCGACCGUCAACACCCAUGUUCUCGCUGUAAAGAACGAUCCGAACGAUGCGUAUUUGCAGAAGGACAGGAAGUUGGGGAUGCUUCGCCGGAAGCGAAUGAUCAAUCGCGAUGUACUACUUCACGCGAAUCUGUGAAUUUAACAACAAAUGGAAGCAAAAAGCCUUCUGAAAUAGUUGAAACAACACAAAAAAAAAUUGAGUUUUAUGGUUGGAAAACCUUUUUAGAACUUGUCCGCAGCAAGAAACCAGACUACAAAGCCAACCCCAAAUUUCGCUGCUUGGAACGAAACAAUGCAAGAAUAUCUGUUCCUCUUCCUGAAGAAAUACUUGCUUUUUUUCCUCCGUACUUUGUGUCAAAAGCCUUAGUGGAACAGUAUUUGGACACAACGAACGAAUUAUUUCCAAUUUUUUAUCGGCCUGAAUUAGAAAAUUACUUAAUGGCAUUGCAAGUUUCCGGACUGUAUUCAAUUCCUUCUGAUGGUAUCCUUCUUUUGUUAUGUAUAAUUAAUCAUGUACUUGAAGCAAUUGAUUUACCGUUAGAAGCAAGAAAUUAUUUUGCGAGCAUCGAUUACAAGCCAUCGGACUUAUCAGAAAUGAUUACAAAUGCAGUGGAUGGAUAUGUUUCUAAUAUGAAACAGUGUGAAAACGUUGGGAAUAUUACUAAAAUUCAGUACUUCAUUGCUCAGGCUCUUUAUAAUAUGAAAAAGCGGAUGCGCGGGGUCAAUAUAGCUCUGUGUCAAUCUAUAAACCUUUCGAUUCGUGUGACUCCUAUUUAUCAGUUAGAUAACGUUUCUAAUGAAGUAAAUACUGACUUAUGGCUUACAAUAUGUGAGAUUGAUGCUAUGGAGCAUAUAUUUAAAAGCCGAAAUUGUUGGGUUCAACGAGACGUUUUUGGAAGACUUCAGCCUAGGAGGAAUUUUUUUUCAGAUGAGAAAACAUUUCAGUAUCACACAUUACUUGGAAAGCUAUUAAAUUGCGGACUUGACAUACAAAAAGCGGUGCAUACUUCAACAGUCCAAGAAUAUUUGGGAAAAUUGAACGACUUUGACGUUGAUUUAUCUCUUAUUUUGACUUCUAUUGAAUCUCUUUUUUUUGGAGUUUGUGACUCAGCUAAUAUAUUUCGAUAUGACUUUUUGCGUUUGAUAUUUUGGGCUAUACGGAAAAAUUUGUAUCAGUGCUUCCUUACAGUUGAACAUGAGAAACUACCAGAACCCAAUCAAAUUUUUGAGAAGCUGGCUAUUGCUUGUAUUCAGGCAUGUCGCAUAACCACAAGUUCGUAUGAGAACUUCAUUCGGUUUGAUCUCCUUAGAAUAGCAUCCUUGGAGUCUAUUACUUGCUUACUUAUUUUACCGUUUUGUCAGGAACGUGGUUUUAGGUUACCUAAUGAUUGCAUUGAGAUGGUGUACAAUGUAAAAAAUAUAAACUCAAUCAUACAAAAUGAAGAGCAUGUCCGAGAAGGAGUUGAGUACAUGUUAGAUUUCAUUCUUUCUACAAUGGAGUCGAACCCGUCAAAAUAUCUAGACAUGGAAUCUGACCAUUUCAGUGACGAUCCUUUAAAAUUCUUUUCGGACAUGUUUAGUAUUCCGCCCAGCUUUUUCUUUUUUCAACAUCAACCUUGA